UUCACUGCAUGUUCGUCAGAGUUGCAACCCGAGUUUACCGGAUUGUUUUGCUACAACCUUAUUUUUUGUUUUACUACCGCUCAUCAUCAAUUUCUUUUUGCUACGAGUACGUAGAUAUUUUUUUAGCUACAAUUUUUUUAUUGCAACCGUUGACGAAAUUGUUGCAUCAUAGAUAAAAGUUGUUACAUUGAGAAAAAAUUAUUGCACAAAGAUCUAACGACGUGACCCGCGUAUAGCUGGCGGAUCGGGCGGCCCGCGCGGCGGGCCGAACAGAGCAUUUCCCUUUAAAGAAGGAGAGAUACGGGUAUCCUAGAUCUAUCUUCGAAUCCGUUUGUGAACUGCACCGGUGGUCACUUUGUCCUGGCGGAAAUGAAAGUCGGGAACGGCUAGACGCCAUAAAUAGGGGGGCUGUGGUCACAAUCUUUUCGGCACCGAAACCUGCGUAUCCAUCGCUACCAAUACACGACCGACAACCUAGCACUGUACCGUAGUAUAGUAGCGUGCAACUUUGCGUGACAGUCCAUGGCAUCGGCAGUGCUUCUCCGCUACCUGGUGGUGCUACUCCUCGUAGUCGGCUGCCUCGGGAGGCCCGUCCCACCUUCUCCGGCGCCGAAUAUGGUCGAUGGCAUCACGGCGAUAUACAACUUUGGGGACUCCAUAUCGGACACCGGGAACUUCAUCCGGGAAGGCGCCGUCGGGCUGAUGGAGCACACCGGGAAGCUCCCCUACGGCUCCGCCAUCGGCGGCGCCACCGGGCGAUGCUCUGACGGCUACCUCAUGAUCGACUUCCUCGCCCAGGAUCUUGGACUGCCGUUGCUGAGCCCGUACCUCGACAGGGGCGCCGACUUCACGCACGGCGUCAACUUCGCCGUCACGGGCGCCACCGCCCUCGACACGGCGGACCUCGCCAGGAUAGGGCUCCACAUGACCCACACCAACAGCUCCCUCUCUGUCCAGCUCCAACGCUUCAAGGACUUCAUGGCCAGCACCACCAAAACCCCUUCGGAGAUGCGCGACAAGCUGGCGAGCUCACUGGUCUUGGUCGGAGAGAUCGGCGGGAACGACUACAACUACGCCUUCGCCAUGAACAGCCCUCAGCCCAACGGCGGCCUCUACAACAUCGGGCACAUGAUAACCGGCGCGGUGGAGUCGCUGGUCCUCGUCCCGCAGGUCGUCAAGUCCAUCACGGCCGCAGCCAAGGAGCUGCUCGACAUGGGCGCCACGCGGAUGGUGAUCCCGGGCAACUUCCCGCUUGGCUGCGUGCCCAGCUACCUCGAGGCCGUGAACGAGACGGACCCGGCGGCGUACGACGGCAACGGCUGCCUCAUGGGGCUCAACCUCUUCACGCAGAUGCACAACGUGCUGCUGCUGCAGGGCAUCCGGGAGCUGCGCAAGAUCUACCCGUCCGCGACCAUCGCCUACGCCGACUACUUCUCAGCCUACGUGCAGAUGCUCAGGGGCGCGUCCAAGAUGGGAUUCGACGCGGCGGCCGCGACCAAGGCGUGCUGCGGCGUUGGCGGCGGCGCGUACAACUUCGACAUGGACAGGAUCUGCGGCGCGCCGGGGACGGCGGUGUGCGCGAGGCCGGAAGAGUACCUUAGCUGGGACGGCGUCCACCUGACGCAGCAUGCAUACAAGGUCAUGAGCGAGCUGCUCUACCGCCGAGGCCUCGCGUCUCCUGCGCCGGUGAAUUUCCCGCGCGUGUAGAUGGAUAGCAUGUGGUUGGUUGUCGAGUUUCGACACUACUUUCCAAGUGUUCGCCCCGCCAUUUGUAUUUUCUUUUCCUUUUCGGGUCUUGUGGAGUGUGGACGGUAGUUUGGUGUUGAUGUAUGAACUUUUGUGGCGGCACAUGAAUAAAAGAAAUAACAUCUGACUGUGCA